CAGAAAAAAAGACACUUCCGAUUUGCAUGAGGCGGAACAAGCGGCCCCACGGAGGGAACAAAGGACGAUUGACUGAGUUGACCAGAUGAAGAUUGCCUAGUGUACUUGGAAGCCACGAUGUCAAAACGACCAUCCUACGCCCCCCCUCCUCCCCCCGCCCCAACAACACAAUUGCCUUCCACCCCAGGGUUUGUGGGCUACAACCCGUACAGCCAUCUGGCCUACAACAACCUGCGGCUGGGAGGGAGCUCCGGAGGCUCCAGCAGGAACUCCUCAGGGAUCACCGUCCCAAAGCCUCCCAAACCUCCAGACAAGCCACUGAUGCCUUACAUGCGGUACAGCCGGAAGGUAAGCAGGAAGGUAUGGGACCAAGUGAAGGCAUCCAACCCGGACCUGAAGCUGUGGGAGAUCGGAAAGAUUAUCGGAGGGAUGUGGAGAGACCUCACGGACGAGGAGAAACAAGACUACCUGAACGAGUACGAAGCUGAGAAGAUUGAGUAUAACGAUUCUCUGAAGGCCUACCACAACUCUCCAGCCUACCUGGCCUACGUCAACGCUAAGAACCGGGCCGAGGCCGCCAUGGAGGAGGAGAGCAGGCAGCGACAAAGCCGCAUGGACAAAGGAGAGCCGUACAUGAGCAUUCAGCCCGCUGAGGACCCCGAUGACUACGACGAUGGUUUUUCAGUGAAGCACACAGCAGCCGCUCGCUUCCAGAGGAACCACCGGCUCAUCAGUGACAUCCUCAGUGAGAUCGUGGUGCCCGACGUCCGCUCGGUGGUCACCACGGCCCGCAUGCAGGUCCUCAAGAGGCAGGUCCAGUCGCUAAUGGUGCACCAGAGAAAGCUGGAGGCAGAACUUCUGCAGAUUGAGGAUCGGCACCAAGACAAGAAGAGACGCUUCCUGGAGACCACUGACUCGUUCAACACUGAACUCAAGCGGCUUUGCGGUCAGAAGGUGGAGGUGGACAUGGAGAAACUAGCGUCCGAGAUGGCCGCUGCUGAGGAGGCGGCACGGCGCCGUGCGGAGGACAGAGAGCGAGAGGCAACAGAGCAAGCCGAGAAAGCUGCUCAGCAGCAGCAGGAUGCAGCUGGGAACAAAGGUGCAGAGCAGGGCGGGGCCAAUGCUAGCAGCACAGCUAACCCCACCUCAGGGACCAUGGAGGAGGACACACCCACACCAAUGGAGACGGAUGAGGUGGCACCUACAGAGCCUUCGCCAGACCCUCAACCAGCUACACUGGCACCAGCUGACCCCGCCCCUUCUGCUACCGAUAAAGCUGCCCCUCCCCCGGAGCUAACCAGGGAGAGCAGCACUCCUGGCAGCAGUACCCCAAGUGAUGACGGCAGGCACAGCAUGCCCCCCCCCUCCUCGGAAAGCAACGCUGGAGCAGCAACACCUGACCCCCCAGCGGCUCAGGAAACCAACUCCAGUGUGGCUGCAGCGCCUCCCCCUCCCUCAGAAGAAGCAGCACCCCCAGCAGCACUGCGAUCCCCCAGCCAGCAGUAUGAUGCAUGAAGCCUGCAGGGCGCAUGGUGGUUCUCACAGCACACUGUGCUGGUUGAUGCAUUUCACUGGGCCAAGCGGCAUCCUGCUGGGUAGUAAGUUAGCGUAACUUCCUCAGCAUGCCUGCUUUAUGGAUUGUAAUGAAUGGAUUGAGAUGCCACCAAAGGAUUUGAGUUUGUGUGUUCCAGCCGUUUUAAAAGCAUUCCUUCCUCUGAUUGAUUUAAUUUGAUGCAUUCUUUAAAUCAUAAUAACCAGCCAAAUCAACCCCUGAACUCCAUCACUACGCGGACACGUUCCCAGUAAAACGCAGCACAUUCUGGCAUUUAGGAGGCUGCAUUUCAGGAAUAUCGAUUAGCCAUAAGAUAUUUUUUUAAGCUAUCAUACUGUCAUGUGUGUCAUGGUGCUACUGUGUGAAGGGCAAACUUUGUACUGUCACAUGUUGCUGAAACGUUUGAACGGCACACACUUCUAGGAUCACCGCCUUGAUGACAUGGAAACCUUCAACAAGACGGCAGCUGCAAACAUCACAGGAUUCGUGUAGAGUAUGAACCCCGCCCCCCUCCCCCAACAGCUAACACUGUUACUACACAUUGUUUUUAGAGAUGUCGUUGAUCCUUUUUAAAUGAAUAUACUCAAGUUGAGCCUUUGUAUGAAACCUUCACCCCGCUGGCUCCUUGUGACUGUCCAGGUCAGAGGUCAGUAUGGAGGAUGACACAUGGUCAUUCGUCUGCAUGCUAUAUUACAAUCUGAACAAUUGCUUGAGUCUUAGGGUUGAGGUGGAGGAAAACUGUUUGAGGUCAUCAGUGUUGCACCCAAUGUGUAAGGAAACCUGUUGGUAUAAAAGUUACUGAGUUAGCAUGGAUGUAGAAAGCGCUGUUGUAGUGAGUCAGCAUUUCCUCUCCUCCUUUAGGCUGCAUAUUGACACCAUAAGCAGUGAAAUGCAGCCAUCAUUCAAAAGUGACCUCGCUCAUUCCUUCGAACAACUCCUACCUGUAAUAGACUGUUUUAGUAAUAUGAUGGUGGGGGGGUGUCUUUCUUUUGUACUGUCUGGACUUAUGUAGCCAAAUAAAGAGGAUUUCUCAGUC